CUUCCCUGUGAAGGUGGUGAGGUCCUGGCACAGGUGCCCAGAGAAGCUGUGGCUGCCCUGGAUCCCUGGAAGUGUCCCAGUCCAGGUUGGAUGGGGCUUGGAGCACCCUGGGACAGUGGAAGCUGGACUCUUAGGUGUUUUCCCAGGAGGCAGAAGGGAAAUGUCACUGGCUGCCUUGGGCUCUGAAGAAGCUAAAACCCAACAGAGGAAAGCCCUGCUUGCAGUCAUGUUGUAGAGAGCCCUGUGAGAUGCUCCUCAAUCCCCCAUAGCAACACAGGGAUGUUGGAAUCAUGGCAGAGUGGGGUGUGCUGUGACCAAUUAAGGGGCAGGGAAAAGAAAUGCUUCCAGUUGCCCAAGCCUGAUGUCAGGCAGGCAGGUACAGACACAGCCCUUGUAGCUCAGUGAGGAUGGACUUAGCACGAGUGGCACAGGUUUAUUUUUAAACGGAGGCUGUGCUUCAUGAGGAGAAACAUAGAGAUGAUGAAUCAGCUGGCAGAGAGGGAACAAGUGUGGGUAGACUUUUCAACUGAUAAGCCCUUGAGGCUUGGCUGUGUCCUCAGCAAAGAACAAUUAGGGCAGCAGUGCUCAGCUUGUAGCCCUUUACCUGUUGGUUGCAGGUCAGGUGAGUAUGGAGGGCUGAGCUCAUGUGCCUCUUCCUGCAAGAAAACCAGAUCCCUGUCUAUGGGAUUUCUUUGUCCAGGUCCACAGGUGUUUUCUCUGCAUGUUUCUUUGUCCAGAUCCUGUUGUGACUAUGCCAGAGCUUGGCUUUCUACCCAAAAGUGCCUCCUGUAGGAGUCAAAACAAGACAAGAGCACACUGCUGUGUUUAUUGCUCCUCAGUGCACCCUGCUCCAUCCCCCAGAUUUGCAGCAGGGCACCGAGAAGCAGCAGCACACUGAGAAGCAGCAGGCUGCAGGAUGUCGGGGCGCAGCGGGAAGAAGAAGAUGUCCAAGCUGUCGCGCUCGAGCAGGGCCGGGGUGAUCUUCCCCGUGGGCAGGAUGAUGCGCUACCUGAAGAAAGGCACCUACAAGUACCGCAUCGGCGUGGGCGCGCCCGUCUACAUGGCUGCUGUCAUUGAGUACCUGGCAGCUGAAAUCCUGGAGCUGGCGGGAAACGCAGCACGGGACAACAAGAAAGGAAGGAUUGCCCCCAGACACAUCCUCCUGGCAGUUGCAAAUGAUGAGGAGCUGAAUCAGCUGCUCAAAGGUGUGACUAUUGCAAGUGGAGGUGUCCUGCCCAGAAUUCAGCCUGAGCUUCUAGCCAAGAAAAGGGGUGCCAAAGGCAAAACUGAAACCAUCCUUUCCCCUGCUCCUGAGAAGAAGGGGAGGAAAUCCAUGGUGAACAAAAAGAGUGGGAAGAAGGCAAAGUCUACCAAGGCCCGGACGUCCAAAAAGAACAAACAAAAGGACAAUGAAAAAGAAGGAGCUUCAAAUUCAACAACUGAAGAUGGACCUGGGGAUGGUUUCACUAUCUUGUCCUCCAAGAGCCUUGUGCCAGGACAGAAGCUUUCUCUGACGCAGAGUGACAUCAGCCAUAUUGGCUCCAUGAAAGUAGAAGGAAUUGUUCACCCUACAACUGCUGAAAUAGACCUCAAGGAGGAAAUAGGCAAGGCGCUGGAAAAGGCUGGAGGCAAAGAGUUCUUGGAAACAGUGAAAGAGCUUCGCAAAUCCCAAGGACCUUUGGAAGUUGCUGAAGCUGCACUCACUCAGUCUAGCGGCCUAGCAGCAAAGUUUGUCAUCCACUGUCACAUCCCACAGUGGGGCUCGGACAAGUGUGAGGAGCAGCUCGAGGAGACUGUCAAGAACUGCUUAACAGCUGCAGAAGACAAGAAGUUGAAGUCUGUGGCUUUCCCCCCGUUUCCCAGUGGCAGAAACUGCUUCCCAAAGCAGACAGCAGCCCAGGUGACCCUCAGAGCCAUUUCCAGCCACUUUGAUGGCAGCAGCUCUUCCUCCCUGAAGAACAUUUACUUUCUGCUCUUCGACAGUGAAAGCAUUGGCAUCUACGUGCAAGAAAUGGCCAAGCUGGACACGAAGUAGCAACGGCAGCCAAAUGAAACUUUAUUUUUCAACAAACUUGAGUAGCAUUCAAAGCAUUAGAGGUGGGUUUUAUUUUUUCAAUGUGACGAUGAGGGGGAGUGGUAGUAGUGUGACGUGCUGUGACUUGAUGGAGAGCUGUGAUUAGAGAUGAGAGGGGUUUAGUCUGAUUUCUUCAUGCCAUUUUUAUCACCUUAAGCAAUUGAGUUAUCAUCUGGCUUCAGGAGUUUAGUGUCCUUUGUUACUUUAGUUUAGAGGUUUUUAAAGAGUAACCUCAUUUUAGAUUUGUAGUGAUGAUUUCUUCACACACACAUGCCACUUUCAAGAAAGCUCUUAAAAAUGUCCUGCUCCUUUUUCCCCUCCCUUGAGGGUAGAUUGUAAACUCCUGCCUUCAGCCCACAGAGAGGUGAAAAGGGUUUUAGAAGUGAUGCAUGAGGAGCUUCUGUUUUGCUUUUAACUCACAAUAACCUCUGUAAUUACUGAGAAUAUUUCAUGGUGAUUUUGUUUGUUUUAUAAGAAAAAAAGAAAAAGA